GAUGUAAAUACACACACCCCAAAACGAAGGUGUAUAUACACACACAAGUUGCCAUCUCACGACAAAUUCACAAACAACGGAGAGAAUAUGCGGAUCCUCGCGACUCGCCUCGCUAACUAUUGUCUGAAAGGGAGUGUUGUAUCUCUCUAUUCUCAUCAAUCUCGCAGUUGGUGUUCAUCGGAAGGAAAUGAUGGAGGGGUUGAAGAGAGAACAAGCAGAACCCCAUGGAAACGGUUGAGUGCAGUAGAAGAGGAGAUGAAGGAGAUGAGAAGACAAAUGAGCAUGAUGAUGACCAAGCUAGAGGAAGUGUCCAUGGAUAAACAAGGAAAUCACGGAGAAGCUGAGGAGAUAAAAGAGAUGAGACGACAAAUGAGUAUGAUGAUGACGAAGCUAGAGGAAGAUUCCUUAGAGUUCAGAAAACCCAAUACGGCGCAAAACCCAGUCGAUAGUCCUCAAGAAUCCUCUCCGAGCGAAGGUAAAGAGAAAUCCAAAGGAACAACGACGUUCGAGGUUGGUGUGAUUUUUGCGCUCUUGUUGUUUAUGUCCCCUCUGUUGCUGCAUUUCCCGUCUCCUUUGGCUCCUCUUUUAAUGUUGUUCAUAUUGUGUGUUGCGCUUGGCCGUCUGUAGACGAUGGUUAGAACCAUGUAGGAAACUCCCUAUCCAAGGGCUUUCGCUUGCGUUGGAAACAUACAUGAGCCCUCAUGCCUUUUUUCCGGUUUUUUAUUCAAACAGAAAAGUAUAUUUGAUUUGGAGAAAAAUAAAAUCCCAUCAGAGAAUGGGGCAUAUUCACAAAACAUGCCACCAUCAAUUGAUUUGGUGGGCGACCCGAGUGGAUCCGAGUAAGACAGGGCCCAUUAGUCGGGCAAUCGCAACAAAAAGACGUUAAUGUUGAGCAAGCAUGGGCCCCAUCGGCCCAAAAAUAAAGAGUGGGUUCCACUAUCGGGUGACACGUCUACUAUUAGUUUCGACCC